GCCGGAAGUCCGGAAGGCUGCCUUCAGCACUGGGAAAACUGACAACUGAGUUUGCCGCUGAGUCUCCCGUCGCAAUCGUGGUUUCUCUGGUCACCCUUGGGAAGAAAUGUCUUCUGUUAAAAUAAAUCCCAAAAGGGAAAUGAUUUCUGAACUCCACAAUUCAGCUGCAGAAGGAGAUGUUGCAAAGCUAGCAGGAAUACUGAGUCAUUCUCCAUCUCUUCUCAAUGAGACUUCUGAGAACGGGUGGACUGCUCUAAUGUACGCAGCCAGGAACGGGCAUCCUGAUGUGGUCCAGUUUCUGCUUGACAAAGGAUGUGACAGAUCGCUUGUCAAUAAAUCGAGGCAAACCGCCCUGGAUAUUGCUGUGUUUUGGGGUUAUAGGCAUAUCGCUAACUUGUUAGCUAAUGCAAAAGGUGGGAAGAAGCCCUGGUUCCUAACCAAUGAAUUAGACGAGUGUGAAAAUUAUUUUAGCAGAACACUACUGGACCGGAAGAGUGACAAAAGAAAUAAUUCUGACUGGCUGCAAGCUAAAGAGAGCCACCCCACCACAGUUUACAUCCUCUUCUCAGACUUGAACCCCCUGGUUACCCUAGGUGGUAAUAAGGAAAGCUCGCAGCAGCCGGAAGUCAGGCUUUGCCAGCUGAACUACGCGGAUGUAAAGGGUUACUUGGCUCAACCUGAGAAGAUCACCUUGGUGUUCCUUGGAGUCGAGCUUGAGAUGAGGAAAGGCUCGCAGGCCCACACCGGAGGAGUCCCAGAAGAAGAGGAGGAUGGCCUGGUUGCGUGGUUUGCCCUCGGGAUAGAACCUGGAGCUGCUGAGGAGUUUAAGCAACGACAUGAAAACUGUUAUUUUCUCCAUCCACCAAUGCCAGCUCUUCUGCAGCUGAAAGAAAAAGAGGCUGGGGUCGUGGCUCAAGCAAGAUCGGUGCUUGCAUGGCAUAGCCGAUACAAGUUCUGCCCGACGUGUGGCAGUGCGACUAAUAUUGAGGAAGGUGGCUACAAAAGAGUGUGUGUACGAGAGAACUGCCCUAGUCUCCAAGGCGUCCACAACACAUCUUACCCGAGAGUUGAUCCAGUCGUAAUUAUGCAGGUCAUCCAUCCAGAUGGAACUAAAUGCCUUCUGGGUAGGCAAAAGAGAUUCCCCCCAGGCAUGUUCACUUGUCUUGCUGGAUUUAUCGAGCCUGGGGAGACAAUAGAAGAUGCUGUGCGGAGAGAGGUGGAAGAGGAGAGUGGAGUCAAAGUUGGCCAUGUUCAGUAUGUCUCUUGUCAGCCAUGGCCAAUGCCCUCCUCGCUAAUGAUUGGUUGUUUAGCUGUGGCAGUGUCUACAGAAAUUAAAGUUGACAAGAAUGAAAUAGAGGAUGCCCGAUGGUUCACUAGAGAACAGGUUGUGGAUGUUCUUACCAAAGGGAAGCAACAAGCAUUCUUUGUGCCACCGAGCCGAGCCAUUGCACAUCAGUUAAUCAAACACUGGGUUGGAAUGAACCCCAAUCUCUAAAUGAAGAAUACUAGCCUCUGUUGGACUAUUACUUAAUCUUUAACACUACUUAUUUCUCAAGAAAGAGUAGGUAUAUUUAUUGAUCUUUUGAAUCUUAUAACACAAAACUUGGGAGCUUCAAAAAUAGUUCAAGUGUUCUUCCCAUCAUUAACUAUAAAAUUGAUUGUUUUAUAAACUGGAGUGAUGCCUCGAGAUUUUCAUAAAUUUGGAGGCAGCCUGUGAACAUUUUUGUCAUGUUUCCCAAUUUUAUCUCAGAAAGCUAACUGUAUUUCUACCAAGAAAGAUAAUAUUGGAGUGAAGUGUGCUCCAGAAAUGAGAUAAACCUUAAUCUACCCCUUGUAAAGAGCGGAUUCCUUGUUGGAGAUAUGCGUCAAAAUUACUUAGAUGAAUUUUGAGGUUUUGUAUUUAUUUAGUGAUCUAAUUGUCAUUCUCCUGGCCUUCUGUUCUAGUGGUUACUCCUAGUGUGAUAUGACCAGUAUUGAGAAUGAUUUUUCUUUUAACACUUGACCCAUUACUGAUCUCAGAGUCCCAAACUCACAGGUAGAGCACUAAAAGCACAGGUGCGUGCCAUUGUACCUGGGACGGCACAGUUAAAUCCCUAGCCAACUGCCGCAUCUCUCUUUUACCUAAUGUUGCUAUUAAGACAGGUGAUGAUCCUCUAAUUUUUCACCUGAUUUUUAACAUUUUAGAAAGGAACUUCUGAAGUUCAGAAACUAAAUAUCAAGUCUAUUACCAUAUUAAAUAAAACACUAACUGUAAUUAAUUUUGUGAUGAGGGAUGUAUUUGUUUUGGCAAAAAAGUAAAAUAAAAUAAUUGAUGUCGGUAUUCAUUGUAUUGAAAUACAAUAUUUUGGCGUUAACCUUUUUCAUCAUAUCCUCAGAGCCUUAGAAUGGGGUUGCUAAGCUCUAGAGAAAGACAUUGCAGCAUUUCACCGUUUUACAAUAUAGAUACAUAUAUUUUACGUGACUGUCUUGUCAUUGUUUUGACUAUACAAAUUUACAUAUUUUGCCUCUUUACUAGUUUGUUAGAAUGUGAAGAGACCAGAAGCACAAUAGACGUCGAACAUGAUCAUUGUAGUAGCUUAUAGUAUUACAACUAAGCACUAGAUUUCCACUGCAGUAGGAAAUAGAAGCUAUUAAUAAAAGUAUCUGUAGACUAAGGAGCGAGUAAAAUGGCUCGGUUGUCAAGGUGCUUGCUCUGCUCUGCAAGCAUAAGGACUUGAGCUUAGAUCCUGUGCAAGCGUUUUAGAAGCUGUGUUUAGUAACAUCCAGAUCUAAACCCAGACCUAAAGAGGCAAAGACAUGGGUAUCCUGGGGUCUUGUUGGCCAGUAAGUCUGGUGAAUCACUGAACGCAAUAAUAACAGACCUUGCCUCAACACACAAGGCGGAAAGCUGGAGCUGGAGCAGAGGUGAAGAGCACCUUUUGUUCCUGCAGAGGACCAGGGUUUCGUUCCUAAGAUCCUCCUCCGGCAGGCCACGACCACCUGCAACUACAACUUCAGGGGAUCCAACACCCUCUGCUGGCCUCUACAGGCGUCUGCAUGAGUGUUUACAUAAGACACAGACACAUGAAUAGAAUGAUUGGGGAACAUACCUGACUUCUGUCUCUGCCCUACACAUACACACACACACACACACAAACACACACACACACACACACACACACACUAGAUAAAAAAGAGUGAUAUCAGCACUCAGGAAGAAUGAACUUACCUUAUCAAAUGUUUUUAAUUCAAAGUUUAACUAUAAUACUUAAAAAUGUAUUUAACCUAAGUAAUAUAACUUUCUUCGAGGCUUUACUUUACUAAUGAAUACUAUUGCUUAGCAGUUACUGAAGGGUUAUUAAAAUCAGAGCUUUGACCAAAAUAAAACCUACAUGGGACAUUUAUAUAUAUGGUAAGUUGGACCUAUAUAAUUAUAUUAAAAGAAUAUAUUUUGAGUGUUAUGAAAUAUGAUUAGCUGAAGUUCAUCUUUGCUCCAAAUAUGCUUUUACUAUUUGUCCAUUCUUAUAUUACAUUAUAAACUCCCACAUCCUUAAUGUUAAAUAGCAAAGUACAACACACAUGUUAAAAAUGUACAAAUUUAUUUUCAAAUUCCUAUUGUGCUUGGGGAAAUUUGUGAAUAAAUUACUGUUUUUAAUAAUCAUUCCUAAGUUGUGGCAUUAGAGAGGUGAGGAUAAAAUAUAAAUAUAAAUGGUUGCUACCUUAACCAAUUCUCGAGUGGCAAGUGCCACACAAGUAUUAAAUAGAAAUCUACGUAACAACUCAUUAAAAUGUAUUCUGUUUGUGUAUUGUGUGUGUUUUAAAUGUUUUGAUGAUUUUUUGACACAAGUAUAUAUUUUAGCCAGUAUCAUCUGUUUAUUAAUGAUGUUCAUAGGCAAAUGUAUACCUCUCUCUCUCUCUCUCUCUCUCUCUCUCUCUCUCUCUCUCUCUUUCUCGCUCUCUUUUUGAACUGCAAUCUGACUAUACCCCAACCUAUAUAGUUCUUAGAUUACACAUGGGCUCCACCAUAGCUGGUGAAAGAAUUAAAAUUUUGAUUUGGUGCACAAAUGUAGCCCAAUGAUAAUUUACUUGUGUAAUGCCUCCAAGGUACUGGGUUUAAACUCAAGCAUUUUUUUUAAUGUCUAUUUUAAAUCUUAAGUUUUGUAGUUUGAGGUAAAAUGUGUCAACAAAUGGGCUUGUAUGAUCUUAUGUUGUGAAUAAUUAAAGUCUUCAAAUUUAAAG